GGAAUACACAAAUAUAACAUCCUAGAAUGCUGUCUAGAUCACUGAUUAUUACUGAAAUAGUCUGCAACCGGAUCUCUGCGUGUUUUAUUAUUAAAGGUGCAAUAUGUAAGAUUUUUGCAGUAAAAUAUCCAAAAACACCCGCAUCUUUAAUAAUGUUCAAUAUAUUAAUGUUUUUCUACCUGGCCACAGUUUUUCAUUUGAGAAUCUAUCCACCUUAUUCCUGACUAGCUUAAUGCGUUUCGAAUUAUGGGUUGCACUUCCGGUUUGGGGAACUUCCAUUUAAAAAGACUGAAAGUCGUGUCAAAUCAUAAGGUUGCCCUACAAAUAAAGCUUGACUUCAGUUUGACUGAAUGAGCUGUCAAUGUUUCUUUCUUGUUUUAUUUUUUAGACAUCAUGAGAAUAACAUAACGCUUGGUAUUUUUUUUAAACGUAGCAUGUAAAGACAAAUGAUUGAUCAACUUCCUGUUCACGUGGUUCACUGUAAUAAAGAGCUGAAUCAACACAUUUUGAACACAAAAAUGUGAUCCUAAGAGAAUGAAAGUGUAUUGUUGCAGUAACACAUGACCGUAUUCUAGGUAGUCAUUAAGAGUUGAUUGUGGUCUCGUGAUGUUUGGCUCCUCUGGGAACAACUUCUUCAGGUGAGGGUGUUUGGGGUUGCGCUGGAAGGUCUGCCACACUGUCAUGUGUUAGACUACGGAGACGUACCCUGCUUUGUCGUGGAUGCCUGUACGAGCCUCAUGGAUCAUUUGGACACAGAGGGCCUCUUCAGGAAGUCCGGCUCAGUGGUGCGGGUCAAGAGCCUCAGGGCCAAACUGGACCAGGGCGAGGACUGUCUGCCCACUGCUCUCCCGCUGGACAUCGCUGGACUCCUCAAACAGUUUUUCAGGGAGCUUCCUGAGCCGGUUCUGUCCGUAGACCUGCACAGUGCUUUCCUGAAGGCCCAGGAGCUGCCCACGGAGGAGGAGAGGACCUCGGCCACAGUCCUGCUGUCCUGCGUGCUGCCCGACAGGAACUUAAACACGCUGCGUUACUUCUUCAGUUUCCUGAAGACCGUCUCUCAGCGAUGCGCUGAGAAUAAGAUGGACAGCAGUAAUCUCUCGGUCAUCUUCGCGCCGAAUCUCUUUCACUGUGGAGACGGAGGAGAAAAAAUGAGCAGCAGCACAGAGAAGAGACUCAAGCAUCAGGCGGCGGCGGUGCAGAGUCUCAUCGAUAACGCUCAACAGCUGGGUGUGGUUCCUCAGUUCCUGAUGGAGAAGGUUCCGGCCAUGUUGGGAUGUGAUGUUUCCGUGUUUUCUCCAUCUUCUGUGUCUCUAGAGGAGAACAACACUCACUCAGACCUGAAGAAAAGCAACAGACGCAGUUUAGGAGAUGUGGUAAAUGGAGCUCUGAAUAGGUUUAAAACAGGUAGAACCCCAACAAACACCCCUCAGUCUGAUGGAGCAGUUUUCUCCAUGGCCACUCCCGUCAUCAUUACUCCGAACUCCAAGCGUAAACUCCCGCAGGAGUCGGCACACACUCACGGCUUCUCCAACAAGAAGCGCAGGUCUAUCAAGAAGAACCUCGGCCUGGAGCUGUUCCCAAACGCUUUGUUUGGAGGAUCAUCUACACCUGGAUCAGCUCACAGUGCGGCGGGAGCUCUGGACUCGUCUCACAACGGUUUACUGUCUUCUGUGGGCAGAAACUCUCGUCUGUCCAGCAGUUCUGCCCGGAGGAAGAGCAGACGACUGAGAGACCGCAGCGUGAGCAGAGUCGAAUCGGGGAAGGCAGGCUGUUUCUCUCCCAGAGUCGCCAAGAAAGAGCCAGUGAGGAAAUCUCUCCGUCUGCGCUUCAGUCUGGGCAAAUCCAGCCGCGAGUCUAACAUCAUUACACAUUCACAACUGGGGCCAAAGAGGUCAGAGGUCAUAGGUUGGCGCCUAGCAACACAAGAGAGCUGUACUGGUUUUCACUUCACCAAGGAGUUUAAUCUGGCUGUUUUGAACAAGAGCCCCUCGAAAGGCUCCAAGUUCAUCAGUAAAUCCGAGGAUAACCUGUUGACCCCGCAGUGUGACUCAACGGACCUUAGGAGCGCGUGGAGCGGAGACACUCCUGAUGUUGGCCUGAAUUUCCCAACAGAUUCAUUCUCCGAGACGCCCGUGAGCAGCUGUCGCUCUGAGCCCGCGCUCGACGUGUGCAAACCUCCGAUGAUCAGCGGUAUUCCCAAGAUCCUCUGUGACGGCUUGGAUUCGUUCAGUGAAGAGCGCUCUAACGCUGGACCCACGCUACUGAAGAUCAAACAAGCUUUCGGCGAGUCUGGCAGUGACCUUCACAGCAUCAUCAAACACGACAAACCACUUGGUUCAAACUCUGAAGCGGGUUCUUCUGAUGUGGCUUUGCCCUUGGAAACCGCACACAAAUCAAUGUCCGAAUCUGAGCACAAUGUGACAUUUGGACAAAUCGAGAUUGCUCCUUUGUCGCCUCUACAUAUAGACAGCGCUCUGUUUGACAGUGGACCGACACGGUUUGGGGAGACCAGUCUUAAUGAGUCUCUUUGGCUUGAAAAUGAAAGCAGAGAUUUCCUAAAAGAGGCCACUGGAUGUUCUGCAGACUGCAGUCAAUUGAUUGACGCUUUGGAUAUCCAAAGUCCUGUGGCUUUCCGACUGGACACUUCCAGUAGGGUCCAAUCAACUCCAUAUGCAGCAAAAACGCAAACGAAUGCCAAUGUGUCCCUAUCGAGGGAGCUCAAAGAGUCAUUAUUGGUAAAUAAGAGCGAAGCAGACGACCAUCCUAAUGCCAUUGAAGCACGCCGAAUGAAAGUUGCCGAGCAGAUUAAACUGUUCAACAUGAUGACGCUGAAUUCUCCCAAACCCAAAGUGGUCCGAUCUCCUCUGAAGUUCCAGCGGACGCCGGUCCGACAGUCCGUAAGGAGGUUAAACUCUUUGGUUGGAAGCCGGAAGGACGUCAGGAUGGGUUGGUGUGCCGCCAGUCCGAUGAAGGCUGUGAGUUUAGAGAGCGCUUUGCAUUCAAUCCAACAGCCAACGUUUGCAAAACCCAAACCUCCAGUUCCUCCCAAGAAUCCAGUCAAAAAUGGUGCGUUGGAAGACGUCACCAAUAAGGCACCAAAGACGAAAUGCAACACGCUCUCAGCCGAUAAGAAUGCCGCGGAUGAACAUUCAAAGUCUGUCCUGCUUCAAGUGUCUGAAAACAAUACCAAUCGCUAUAGAGGUUCACCCAAAAACCCUCUCGCGGAGGUAAAACUGAUGUCGGCGUUGAAACCCAUUGAUCUGUGAGACUGCGUAACCUUAAACACUUUCUGCAGACGUAUAUAUUCAGGGGUCUUAAUUUAUUAUGCUAGAGUGAGUUUGAUCGGUGAAUGGUGCGGUCAAAGUUUUUACAGAAGGAAAUUGUUAAAGGAUUAGUUCACUUUCAAAUAAAAUUUUCCUGGUAAUUUACUCACCCCCAUGUCAUCCAAGAUGUUCAUGUCUUUCUUUCUUCAGUUUUUGAUGAAAACAUUCCAGGAUUAU